CCUCCGUACUCCGAACAAAGUUGUAGUGCCAAUAUUAAUAUGCAUUUCCAGCCUUCUCUCUCACACACAGUGAUAAGUUACACAGUAUACAUAUUUUUGUAUUUUACGAUAAAGAAAGAAGCUUUCUAUACUACUACUCCCAGUUCGGUAUAAGAAGCAAGAAAAAGAAUUGAAAGGUAAAGCAGAAAGACAAUUAGUAACAUUUUUUUUUCUUUUAAUUUCUCUUAAAGGUGAAGACAGCUUUUCUCGAAUCAAUUGGCUUUAGCUUUGCUUUGUUUCUCUGUCUUUUGCUUUGCUUCUGAGUUUUCUUUCAUUCUUUCAUUCAUUCAUACAUACAACUUUCUCUCCUUUUCUUGUGUUUCUUUUUCUUCUCCAUUGUUAAUUGCUCUUCAAACCCCAUUACCCCACUAAACCCCAACUCACUAAUUCACCAGAAAAUUAUAUUACUCACCAUCUUUCUUGUUUUUUUUGGAUCGGAUCUGAAAAAGAACUCAGAAAAAGGAGUUACAUAGUAAAGAUUGUUUCACUUUUGGAGGGAGUUCUUGAAAGGGUCUCUUUGUUGAGUCUCAACAGUAAUGAAAGAUUAAUUCUCUGGUCUCACUUCUUUAAUCAGGCCAAAGAGCAUAAUGGAGUCACUUGUUGAAGGAAUCAGUUCCUUACCAAACAGUCACACUCACUUCACUGCUAUUAAGGGUAGCACAUCUUCAGCUUCCAGGACGAGUCGUCCUCCCCAUCCAACAUCAAUGAGACAAUCUAGAUGUAAAGAGUUGUCAUUCGAUCCAAUAGCUAUUGACAUUGGGUCAAAGGCAGCUGAUACCCCAACAGGGUCGGUGGCUGCUUCCAAGAGUUCGCAUAAAUCAUCCAGUGAUCGUAUAAAGAGGGAUGAUGUCUCUGACACGAGGAGACACCAUUCUGAAUCGACUAAAGGAAAAGAGUGUCAGGGAAUAGAAGAUGCUCUUGGUCAACCAUCAGAAGAAUGUUCACUGGACCGGGUAUUAAUCUUUGAAAACAAAUCAUCUAUCAAGGAUCCACUUCAUGAUAACAAGCACACUACGUCAGGUGGCUAUGUGGAGCGCAGGGAUUUUAUGUUACAUGCUGUUGCCAGAGGAGAUGCUGACCUCCUAAAUGGUCAGUUAACAUCUCAAUCUGGAAUAAGCUAUUGUCCUAGUCCUCAGAACAGCUUUUAUACUGCCGCGCAGUACAUAGAACCCAAACAAAGUUUCACCACUACAGAAGUCAUCAGUGAAUGUGCUAGCAGCAUGGGCAAGUCUGGUGGAAGUGGUGAUGUUAGCAACUCAUGCGAUAUCAGUGAGAGCAGAAAAACAAGCUUCUACAGAGGCAGCACAGGUAGCGAUCUUAGUGAUGAAAGCAGCUCUACUAGUUUCGGCAGUACAAUAUAUAAACCUCAUCAGGCAAAUGAUACAAGGUGGGAUGCAAUUCAAGCCAUUAGAUCUAUUGAUGGAACACUGGGCUUCAACCAUUUCAGACUUCUGAAGAGAUUGGGAGGUGGUGAUAUAGGAAAUGUUUUUCUAGCUGAAUUGAUUGGCACAAGAGAUUAUUUUGCCAUGAAAGUGAUGGACAAUGCAGCUCUAGAGAGUCGCAAGAAAACUGUGAGAGCUCAGACUGAACGAGAGAUAUUACAGUCUCUGGAUCAUCCUUUCCUACCAACACUAUAUUCACACUUUGAAACAGACAAAUUUUCUUGCUUGGUGAUGGAAUUCUGCCCUGGAGGAGAUUUGCAUGCACUUCGGCAAAGACAGCCAGGAAAGUUUUUUCCUGAGCAUGCUGCCAGGUUUUAUGUAGCAGAAAUUCUCCUUGCUCUAGAAUACCUGCACAUGCUUGGGAUCAUUUAUAGAGAUCUUAAACCAGAGAAUGUUUUGGUUCGAGAAGAUGGUCAUAUAAUGCUGUCUGAUUUUGACCUCUCCUUGAGGUGUGCUGUGAGUCCAACAUUGGUUAAAUCCUCAAAUUCAAGCUUAGAGUCGAAGACUUCAUCAUACUGUGUCCAGCCUGCUUGUAUUGAGCCAUCUUGUGUAAUCCAGCCUGCAUGUUUUUCACCGCGUUUCCUAAGGCCCAAGAAAGGAAAGAAGACGAAACAGAAAUCUGAGAUGCACAAUCAAGUGAGCCCCCUUCCAGAGCUCAUGGCUGAACCGACAAAUGCUCGAUCCAUGUCUUUCGUGGGGACACAUGAGUACCUUGCUCCAGAAAUCAUUAAAGGCGAGGGGCAUGGUAGUGCUGUUGAUUGGUGGACAUUCGGAAUCUUCCUCUAUGAGCUCUUGUUUGGGCAAACACCUUUUAAAGGAGCAGGCAACAGAGCCACCUUGUUUAAUGUCGUUGGCCAGCCCCUGAGAUUCCCUUCAUCUCCCAGUGUUAGUUUUGCUGCAAGGGACUUGAUAAGAGGUCUACUUGUGAAAGAGCCGCAGCAUCGCUUAGCAUAUAGGCGGGGGGCUACAGAAAUUAAACAGCACCCAUUCUUUCAGAGCGUUAAUUGGGCACUUAUCCGGUGUGCUAGCCCUCCAGAUGUACCAAAGCCGUUUGUGCUACAUGAUGCACCCAGAGCACCAGCAACAACGGGUCCAGGUGUUGAUGUGAAACCUACUGAUAAUUAUUUUGAGAUUGAUUUCUUCUGAGUUAACUUGUUUUCUCAGGAGUUUAAGUCCAUGUCGCCUUAUAUGAUGAAGAUCCUUUAGGAAGAACAUCAAUUCAUUGUUCCUUUCUUAUGAAAAUGUAAAGUGCAUACUGUCCUGAAAUGCAAAUGCAUAGGAAUUGGAUUAUCGAAUGCCACUUUUUUCUCA